AUUCCAGGUUGAUGUUAGCGUGGAGUGAGCUCAAGUGUCACUGAAGAUUUGAAGCUUUGAAAUGCGAUAAAGACGCCUGACACAAAAGGCAGAGUGGCUUGCCCUCAACGAAAAAAUAUGCUCACCCACUCAGAUGGACAGUGAAGCGAGUUACAUCUCCAGUCAGGUGCUUCUGUCCCUGACGGAGAAACACUUCCAUAAGAUCACGCCGGCUCACUGGGCGCUGUUGGCGGCUGGGGUCCGUGACCCGGCCAUCGACAUGAUCCUGGCUGAUAUGUGCGGCGAGAUCGUGCAAACGGUGGCCACUGAGGUCUUGAAUUUGGUGGUGCCAGUCCUGGUGGAGCACCUGGAAGGCCGGGCGUCCCCCGACGAAAUGAGCAGUGCGAUCGAGCGGUGCACGCCUCAACUGGGCGACAGCAUCAUGACUACCUUCGCCGCGGCUGCCGAUGUCCCUGAGGUAGAGUUUGUGGGCGGAAAGCGCUUCACGGCUCUCAUCGAGAAGGAAGCCAACGUCAGGAUGAACUCCGUGUUGAGUACAGCCCUCAGUAGCAGCGAGGACCAAGCGGAGCCGCUGCUUUACGUUAACGCGACCAUGUCCAGCGUGAACACGCUCCAUGAGAUGGUGAACCACGCUCACAAAUGUUUGUCUUACUUGAGCAAGAUGACUCAGCGCUUCUACAGGAUGAGCGGCCUGACGGCCGUAGACGUGGACAGCGCUACCCGCUCCGUGGCCGCAAUCCUGCUCAAGUGGGCGAAGGAGAGUCGGGAGGAACCCGACGAGGUGAUGGCGCGGCGCUCUGAAGACGCCCACGCCACCGCGGAGGACAUCAUCCAGACUAUGGUCCAGUUGCAACAGCGUGCCGAGCGUGCGGGUAGCAGCGUGUUUGGCAAACCCUGCAUUGACAUGAGCGCCAUAUUGGCAAAGGUGAAGCAAUUCUUCUCAUCACGCCCCAGAUUCUCGAGUUGCACCGAUGAGCUGGCCAUGAGGAGCUCACUCAACAUGGUCGGACAGUCAUGCUUCCAAAGGAUGAUGGCGGGACUUAAAAGCAUGUUCCAAAAGACUCAGCCGCCCUUUGUGGUCAACAUUAACUCAAGACGGUCCGGACGGUCCACCCGCCGCCGCACAGCCGGCACCAAGAACAGCCAGAAGACAUCCAGGCCGUCUUCGCAACUUCUCACGGAAGAUGAGCUCAGCAGUAAGUUUGACAGCUUGACGUCCAACCUCAUCAACUGGGAGCUGGAGACCUGCACGGAGGAGGAGCGACGCCAGCUAACCGACACGGUAUACGAGCACUUGAUGGCCACGCAGGAUGAUGGCACCGUGUCAGUCCGGCGUCAAGCGUACUGCAACGUCUUGUAUGCAAUCACCGACGACACCAUCAGGAAGUACAUGCAGCAGAUGUGCUUGUGGCUCAAAGUGCUGCGUGUCAACGCCAAGAGUCGCAUGGAAGUGUCAGGAGCCCUCAACGAAAUUGACACACUCAUCUCCAGCCUGAGUCGCAGCCCAGUGAAGGUGCCUAGCCUGGCAGACACACCCAGUAUGGAGGAUGCUUCCUUCUCAACGGCGGUGGUGCCGUCACCCACCAGUAGCCUGCACCAGGCAAACAUGAGGAACCUGAUGAGCGCCCUGAUUGUUACCCUGGUCAUGCGCCUGUCUUGGCGGUACAGGUCAUGCACCAAGAUCACGGCCAUCCUGCCCGUCAUCAAGCGUCUGUCGGAGAGGGCGGCGGAGGAGAUAAGCCCCAAAAUGGCCGCGGUCCUCAGCGAUAUGGACACCUACGACGCCGUCAUUCAGGCGGUCGCCAGAGAACUGUCCAAGGAGUUUGACUCCUCUCAAAUUCCUUUGCUGUUCCAGGACCCAAACUUUGACGAUGCCAUUUUCAGGCAGCUCAAGGUCCAAAUCCGCCUGCUCAGCAGCGGCGCCUCCUUGGGCUCUAACAACUUCUUCUCCAACAUGGGCAGGGUUCUCACCAGGCCCUUUCUCAACCUCUUCCGCCCAGUGACCCAUCCGCUUGCCAACAUCAACUGAACGUGACGCUGAUGUGGAUCGCGCUGCCUCACUCCGACAGCUGAAUGUUGACGUUCACCAGUUCAACCCAUUAAAAAAAAUAACUUUUAGUCUGUGUUUUUAUUUGUCACAGAACCAAACAUUUCACGCUGUUCCGUACACCAAUCUCUUAUUUCUAAUUCAGUAGACUGACAAGGCGACACCGUGGGCGACUAGCUUGCCCAUUCGCCUAAAAUUGUAUGAGCAGAAGUACAAAUGCGUGCUCCGGCCUAUCAGUGUUAAAUUAGAUCUGUGCUGAGUUGUCUCCGGGCACUCCGGUUUCCUCCCACAUCCCAAAAACAAUAUUAAAUUGCCCCGUCGGUGUGAUUUUAACUGCAAAUGUUGUCUGUCUCCAUGUGCCCUGCAAUUG